AUGGCUGCAGAGUCGAAUCAGAAGGAAGAGAUAUCGGAGGCCGUCCUUGUAGAUGAGAAAAUGCCCGAAAGUAAGGACGAACAUGUCUACAUUGCCAACACCCUUUCCUUCCCUCGCCAGAUCAUCUUCAUCGCCACCAUUUGCUCAGCUAUGUAUACCAAUCAGCUGGGACUCGGUCAAUCCAUGGACAUUGUGCGCAUUAUUGGCGAGUGGUACAACUUGACCAAUUCCAACGAUCUCUCAUGGCUCAUCGCUGGUUACAGCUUGACAAUUGGCACAUUUGUGCUGAUCGCCGGCCGUCUGGGUGACGACUUCGGCCACAAGAAGAUGUUCAUCAUCGGCAUGAGCUGGUACGCCCUCUGGACGCUGGUAACCGGACUAGCCGUUUACUCAGACCAGAUCCUAUUUAUCAUCGCCCGUGUCUUCCAGGGUAUGGGGCCUGCCAUGACGCUGCCCAAUGCCAUUGCCAUCCUGGGCCAGUCGUAUGCUCCCGGCCCACGCAAGAACAUGGCCUUUGCUUUUUUCGGUGGCAGUGCUCCCUUUGGUGCUAUCUCGGGUUUUGCAACGGGGGGUCUGUUUGCCCUUGCCUGGUGGCCCUGGGCAUAUUGGAGUGCAGCAAUUGCACUGGCAUGUCUGGCUGUUUUCUCAUCGUGGGCGAUUCCACCGCAGCCCAAGUCCCCUCCGUCUGGGAGGACUACCCGUGAGAAGAUCAUGCAUCUCGACCCGUUGGGGUGUAUGACUGGUGUUGCUUCGCUGAUUCUUAUCAACUUUGCAUGGAACCAGGCUGCGGGAGUGGGCUGGCAGCAGCCAUACGUCUAUGUGUGUCUGAUCCUUGGGUUCGUGUUUGGUGCUGCAUUUUUCUGGGUUGAAAUGUACUGGGCUGCAAACCCAAUUCUGCCGCUUUCCGCGUUCAACGCGGACAUUGCCUUUGUACUUGGCUGCACGGCAUGUGGAUGGGCUGUGUUCGGAAUAUGGGUAUACUACGCCGCAGUCUUCGUCAUGGAUAUGACCAAUGUCAGCCCCCUACUUCUGGCAGCAUGGUACAGCCCUGUCAUCCCCUCUGGCCUAGCCUCCGCGUUGGCAGUAGGCAAGCUCCUCGGUCGGGUCUCCGCAGCAUGGAUCAUGGUCGUCGGAAUGAUUUCGUAUCUGAUCGGAUCGAUUCUGGUAGCCACCAUGCCAGCGCACCAGAUAUACUGGGGAAACUUUUUCUGGAGUGUGCUGAUUAUUUGUGUGGGCAUGGACUCGUCAUUCCCCGCGGCUACGAUUAUCUUCUCGGACGCGGUAUCACCCAAGUAUCAGGGAAUCGGCGCCAGCGUGGUAAUGACGCUAGUUAACUAUAGUAUUUCCUUGGGACUGGGGUUUGCAGGAACUGUGGAGAGGGAGAUCAAGAAUGGUGGUGAUACACACGAGGAUAAGAAGAGAGGAUAUCGCGCGGCAUUUUACUUUGAGGUUGGAUUGGCUGGCUUGGGGUUGUUGCUGAGUCUAAUGUUUUUGAUCAAGGAUGAACGGAGGAAGAGAGCGAAGAAGGCCAAGGAGGUCGAGGAGGGUAGUCAGAGUGCUUGAGUAGGGCCCGGAUAGGAUGGGAUGGGCAGACUGCGAUGAUGCAAUACAAAUGGAAAAUCGUUUAGAUGAAGAUUUGCUAUGUAUAAG